GGCUAUUCACCUACUCAAUGCUAUUUAAAAACAACUACAAUUACAAGUACCCAAAGAAAGAUGAGUAUCAACUCAACUGCACCUCAAGCAACAUGAACAUAACAUGCCCAGCAAACUACCCUCCUACAACAUACAAUCUCAACUUCAAAUCGAACGAAACAUGCCCCGAGUACUUUAGAUGGAUACACGAAGACUUGAAAAUAUGGAAGGAGAACGGUAUUACAAGAGAAAUGGUGGAGAGUUUAGAAGAUAAAGGUACACAUUUUAGAUUGGUUAUUGUGAAUGGAAUAGCCUAUGUUAAGCAAUAUGGUAAGGCUUACCAAACAAGGGAUACCAAUUCAUUUUGGGGCAUUUUGCAACUUCUUAAGUUGUACCCUGGUAGACUACCUGACCUCGAUUUGGUGUUUCAAUGCGAAGAUCUACCAGCCAUUAAAAAGCACGAUUAUAAAGGAACAAAGGCCACCUUUGCACCUCCACAAUUUCAUUUUUGUGGGGAUGAUUCAUCCUAUGAUAUUGUCUUCCCCGAUUGGUCUUAUUGGGGCUGGCCAGAAAUCAAUAUUAAGCCGUGGGUGCCCUUGUUGAAGGAUAUAAAAGAAGCCAACCCAAUGAAAAACUGGACUUCUAGGGAGCCUUAUGCUUUCUGGAAAGGAAACUUGCAUAAUGGUCCAAGACGCCAGCUUAAUAAAUGUAAUUCCACUAAUGAUUGGAGCACUGUAAUUGUUAAACAGGAUUGGCGCGAGAAAGAAGCAUUUAGGAACUCUGAUUUGUCAAAGCAAUGUACACAUAGAUACAAGUUAUAUAUGGAAGGAAUUUCAUGGUCAGUGAGUGAGAAAUACAUUCUAGCUUGUGAUUCCAUGACCAUUCUGAUAAACCCUAAAUAUUACGACUUUUUUACAAGAAGCUUAAUACCUAUGGUACAUUAUUGGCCUGCAAACCCUGAUAAUUUGUGUCAGUCUAUCAAAUUUGCUGUUGAUUGGGGCAAUAAAAACACUCACAAGGCUCAAGAGAUUGGAAAAGCAGGAAGCAAAUUCAUAUUUGAUCAAAUGAAGAUGGAAAAUGUGUAUGAUUACAUGUUUCAUUUGCUAAAUGAAUAUGCAAAACUAUUAAAGUAUAGGCCCACUAUACCUGAAGGGGCCAUUGAGUUAUGCUCCGAGAAAUUUUCAUGCAGCCCAAUGGGCUUGGAGGCUACUUUUAAACAAGAGACUAUGGUUAAUGGGCCUUCCAAACAUGGCCCAUGUAAACUUCCCUCACCUUAUGAUCCAAACACACUUGAAGCUAUUAUUGAUCGAAAUUCCAAGAUCAAACAAGUUGUUGAGAUGUGGGAGAAGGAAAUUGAAGUGGCUAAUUUACCAUGA